AUGGAGGACAGCGAGCUAAUGCGCAUAUGUUCAGUUGGCGGAAACUCCGUCUCUGCUUUUCUGUCAUGGAGGCUCCAGGCUACCAACGCCUGCGAUGUGACCUUGGUCUGGAAGUCAGGCUUUGAGCACGUCUCGCAGUACGGUAUAUCGUUCAAAUCUCAGAGCUUUGGCAACGAGCGGUUCAAGCCUCGGCGAGUCGUACGGAAUCCUGAAGACGCCUCGGCGUCCGGAGACCCGUCAUUUGACUAUGUCGUCCUCUGCGUCAAGGCACUGCCCGAUGUCUACGAUCUCGCCUCAGUUAUCGAUUCGGUCGUUACUCCUCAGCACACUUGCAUCCUCGUCAACACGACCAACACACUUGGCGUGGAGGCUGCCAUCGAGGAGCGAUUCCCCACAAACGUCGUUCUGUCGCUCGUAUGCGGAGCCGACCUAUCACAGCUAGGCCAGAGUGAAUUCGAGCACAAGGGCACAACCAACAUGUGGAUUGGCCCGGCGAAUAGGAACAGCAAGAUUCCCCGCGAGAUCCAGGACAACAUGGCCGACGCUCUGGCUAUGACCCUCAACACCGGUCAAGUUGAGUGCAAGGUGUCCCGGAACAUCCUCCAAGAGCAGUUCGAGCGUGUCAUUGGACCCAUAGCUUUCCACCCAGUGAGCAUCAUCUUUGAGACGCCAAACCACACUGCCCUGCUGGAAAAGGUCGGCGUCAAGGACAUGGUGAAUGGCGUCCUGGACGAGUUGGUGCAGCUGGCCGAGGCCAAUGACUGCAAGUUCCCACCCGAUUUCAAGCAGACCGUCAUCGCCGACAUGACCAAGCCCAACACCCCGGACAGCAUCAUGUGGCAGGACUUCAUGGCGAAGCGGCCAAUGGAGGUCGAGACGUACCUGGGCUCGCCCCUCAAGCUGGCGCGUGACCGGUCGGUUCCCGUCCCACGCAUCGAAACGCUCUACGCCAUCCUGCAUAAUCUUAACGUUGUCAACCGCACCCGACCCCGUGCGGCCGAUGUCCCGGGCUUUCGUCCUCCCAGUUCACCCACUAUGACCUCUCCUCCGCCACGAAUGCCGUCGCAGGCUGGCCACAGGCCCAUGGUGAGCGGUAUCCCUCCCGGCGGGGGCAUGCCUCCCAGGCAGCCGCGUCCCCGAAACUCGUCCAACUUCAACCAGCCUCCGGGCAUGCGCCGCGGCCCCCCGCCCCCGACUAAUGGAGGCCCCCCCAACGGCUAUGGGCGCCCUCCCUCUCACAUGAACGGAGGCUCGCGGGCUCCGUCGCGUCGUGGCUCUAUGGACGGCAACGACCUAGAGGAGUUCUCGCAUCUCGUCAUGUACGACGACAUUCCCGAGGGAGCCGAGUCGGUCAAGGGUGGCGAUUCCCUUCGCGAGCGUGAGAUGCAGCUUCGCCAGAGAGAGCUCGCUCUCAGGGACCAGGAGAUGAGGCAGAGGCGGGGCCCGCCGCCAACUCAGAGGCGCGGCCCUCACCCCAUGCGCAACAGCCAGCAAGUGUUUGACGACGACGACGACGACGACGACUACGACCCCAUGCCCGCCAAUGUUCCCACCAUCGACCCCGACAACUUUGACAUGAUGAGCAUGACGCAGAGGAAGAACAGGAAGGCCCCGCCCCCCACGGCUUCGCAGAUACGUCAGAACCCCGAGGCCAACCCGCCCGCCUCGCGAGGCUCCCGGUUCCGCCCCCACUUUGGCCGCAGCCGUGUCAGCCAAGGCCCCAGUGCUGGUAUCCCCGCCCCGGGAGAACCGUUCCUCGAUGACGCUCUGAUCGGCGCGACUUCGAACCGCUACGGCGCCGUGGACAGGGGCGCCAUGGGUGCUGCUGGUUCCAGAACCAAUUCGCUGACGGCUUCCCGCCUCGAUGACAUGCAGUUUGGGCCUGCCUCUGGCGGCAUGCCGGGCAUGAACGGUGCCUACCCACGCCGUACCAGCCAAUCGCCCGGCACUCCUUACAGCCCGUCCCUCCGCGGAGGCGGUGGCCGGCCAUCCCCGCCAAACGGCGUCAACGGGCGUCCGUCACCUCCCGAUGGCAUGCGUCAACCGAUUCCCCGCUUCCCUCCCGGCCAAGAAAACGCGAUUGCUCCGCAGCAAGUAGAGCAGCAAGUAGGGGUGAGCAACCUUCAACCACCCAAGUCACGGAAUGUUGGUAGUCUGACGGGCAGUGCGAGCGCCAGCGCGGGUAGCGGUGAAGCCGAAUCGGAACCCUCUGCACACAGCAGCCAGAGCAGCUUACAGCAGCACGUUCCUGUCGGUGUGCGAUGA